AGUGACUACCAGCUGGAACUCUGGGAGGCUUCAAAUUUCAGAGCAAUUCAAGACUCUGACAGGAAGUGUCCCCGCCACAGCCUUCCUUUAAACAGCAGAGUACUCUCUCUCGGAGCAGAACGUCAAACAUCUCAGGGUGAAGCUGUUGCCAACGGACUGUCAGCAUGGCCAAGUUACACGCUGGGUGUUUCAAAUACUGUCUUAUCGCUAUCAACUUAGUCUUCACACUCCUGGGCCUCAUGAUCUUGAUGCUGAGUUUCUGGUUCCGCUUUGACCAGAGGACAAGGACCCUCUUCGAAGUUGAUAAGAGUGCCGACCAGUUCAACAUCGGUAUCUAUGUGAUGUGGGCAGUGGGAAGUCUGCUGUUGGUCGUUGGAUUUAUUGGCUACCUGAGUAUAACUCGGGAACACAGGUGUCUGAUCUGGAUCUACCUCGGAAUCCUGAUCCUGCUGUUUCUGAUUGAAAUGGGAGUUGCCAUCUGGGCAUUUGUACAGAAGGAUCAGGUCAUUAAACAACUGCAGGAUGCCUACGCAAACACCGUUAUAAAGAAUAAGGAUGAUGUUGACCUCAACUGCUUACUCAAUGCCGUGCAGAAGACGAUGGACUGUUGUGAUAAAGGAAGCAAAGAUUGCAGCAGCCGGAAGUACAAUGACUGUAAAGAAGCCAUCAAGGAAAUCAUCAACUCUAAACUUCACAUCUUUGCUGCAAUCGCCUUUGGCAUCGCCUUGUUUACUGUCCUGGGGAUAAUUCUCACAAUCCUCUUUCAGAGAUGUUUCAGGCGAUCCCUUGUGAUUUAACAACCAGGACAUUGCAGGCAACCUGAAGAUUAACGUACUUACUUUUGAUAAUGCAAAUGCUUUUUUUUAAACAUCCCCUUUUGUUCCUUGUGUUUAAUGUUGUCAGCAGACUGAAGUUCUAGUGUGUUCUUCUUUUCUAGAUGAAACUGUUGUUGUAAUGGAGGCAUGGUUUAACAGUAUUGAACAAAACUGUACCAGUCUCUGCCGUUCGUUUGGAUUCAUCAGCUGCAUGGAGAGGGGAGCCUGCUGUGUGGGCAACAGCUUGCUCUCCAUGUCAUACUGCCCUGACUUGUGUAUCGUGUAGACAGCUGGAAUGCAGCACUAUGGCUGACCCUGACCUCAAAGUUGAACACAAACACCAGCAAACCAGCACAUAGAGCCAGCAUGUGAAGGUUACAUAGUGCCCUUGACAGGAUACUAACAUUUAAUAAAUUACUGGAGAAACUCAGCAGGUCAGGCAGCAUCUAUGAAUGGGAAUGAACAGGCUGAGACCCUUCAUCAGGACUGGGAAGGAAGAGGGAAAAUUGCCAGAAUAAGCAGGUAGGGGGAGGGGAAGGAGGAUAACUAGAAAGUGAUAGAUGAAGCCAGGUGGGUGGGGAAAGGGGGAUGAAAUAAGAAGCUGGAAGGUGAUAGCCACCCACCGAGCUUCUCUUACGUAUCACCUAGCAUGUCCUCCUUCUCCUUCCCCCACUUUUUUCUCUGGCAUCUUCCCCUUUCUUUUCCAAUACUGUUGAAGGGAUUCGGCCUGAAAUGUCAAUGUACUCCUCUCCACAGAUGCUGCCUGACCUGCUGAGUUCCUCCAGCAUUUUGUGUGUGUGGCUUUGGAUUUCCAGCAUCUUGUGUCAAAAGAAAUUUAUGCUAACAUCCUUCCCAUUAUGUCAGGAGCUUUCCCACCUGAACUGCAGAAUGUGUGCCUGGGAUGGGAGGGGGAGCACAGAGCACAACGAAAACAAAUAACCAUUCUCUACCCCAUGGUUGCUUGCGAGACGUGGCUCUUUACCGGCAGCUGCCAUUGUUUGUACAGUCACUUCCUCUGGCCUUCACUUGAUCUGAUGCAAAUUGCUGAUUUCAUUGAGUGUUUCAAAGUACAUGUGACAAAUAAAGUGGAUCUUUAAUCUUUAAAACCUUCAUGCCCUCUAAUUGUUGGUUCCCUUUUUCUGGGGAAGAAAGAUCUGUGCAUUCUCCCUAUUAAUGCCCCUCAUGAGUUUGCACACCUCGAUAAGGACAACUCUGAGUGUUUGCCCUGAACAAGAUACUGCCCACCUCUGAUUGUCCUUGGGCAGAUGGUUUUCAGCUGAAUUCAUCACUGUUCAAAGUAAAUUUAUUAUCAAAGUUCAUUUUCUUGUGUGUAUUCACAGUAAAUACAAAGAAACAACAAAAAGCAAGCAAAAUAAUAAAUACAUAAACAAUAAAUAUUGAGAACAUGAGAUGAUGAGUCCUUGAAAAUGAGUCCAUAGGUUCAGUGAUGGAGUGAGUGAAGUUGAGUGAAGUUAUCCCCUCUGGUUCAAGAGCCUGAUGGUUGAAGGGUAAUAACUGCUCCUGAACCUGGCGGUGUGGGUCCUGAGGCUCCCGUGCAUUUUUCCUGAUGACAACAGCAAGAAGAGAGCAUGUGCUGGGUGGUGGGGCUCCCUGACAAUGGAUGCUGCUUUCCUGCGACAGCAUUUCAUGUAGAUGUGGGGAGGGAGAUCCAGAAUUUGGACUGGUGACCUGCCCUGAGUGCUCAGAUUUGAGACUCCUCGCCAGUAGCCAUAAGAAAAUCUCACCAGCCACAUCAGCUGCUGCAUGAACUCAAAGCAGCUUCCAGAGGAGGUUAAUGAGACUGAUGUCAGGACUUAAGGGUUAAUGCAUGAGGAGUGUUUGUUGGUUCUGGGCUUGUAUUUGCGGAAGUUCAGAAGAAUGAGGUGGGAUCUCAUUGAAGCCUAUCGACUAUUGAAAGGUCUAAGUAGAGUGCGUGUGGAGAGGAUGUUUCCGUAGUGGGGGAGUCUAGGAUCUGCAGGCACAGAAUUAGAAUAGAAGCACGUUCCUUUAGAACAGAGAUGAGGUGGAAUUUCUUUAGCAAGAGGAUGAUUACUUAUUUUUUAUGAUUUUUUUUCUCAUUUGUAUUUGCAGUUUGUUGUACUUUGCACAUUGGUUGUUUGUCCACCCUGUUGGGUGUGGUCCUCCAUUGAUUCUAUUGUGGUUCUUGAGUUCACUGAGUAUGCCCGCAAGAAAAUAAAUCUCAGUGUUGAAUAUGGGGAUACAUAUGUACUCUGAUAAUAAAUUUACUUUGACCUCAAACUUUGAAUCUGGGGAGAAGGCAGGUGAAUGGUGUUGAGAGAGAGAAUCAUGGUGGAAUGGUGGAGCAGAGUCAAUGGGACAAAUGGCCUAAUUCUGCUCCUAUGUCUGAUGCCUAAAUUAAUCAAUGCUUUGUUAAGCAGUACUGUAUAAUGUAGAUUAAUGCUUGCAAGAAUAUAAACUUGGCGUAAAUGCCAUGAUUAAUAAAAAAUGUAAAAGUA